CUGAAAGUCAUCUGGGGUUGGUUUUAAGGCAGGACAGGGUGUCAGAGCACAGGGCUGAGGUGUGAAGAGGGGAAGAAGAAAAAUGUGGGAAAGGAGGAUAACAGAACAAAAUAUGAAGUGAUGAGAGAGGGACAAAAAUCCAUCCAGAGCUGCCGGGAGUGUGGUGCUGGUGUGGAAAACGUGGAUAAGGAUUGAGGAAAUUGAAGAGGGGAAGAGUUGAAAACUGGAAGUAUGGGGUGUUUACACAGCAGCGGCAGGAUAAAGGAGGAGGGCCCGGGUACAGAUACAGAAGGAAUCCCUGUGAAGCCAUACCCUGAUGUGCAUCCUGAGAUCAUUCAGCUUGCUGAGCUCACCAAGCCACUGAGUCACGUAUUCACUAUGAAGAGCUUCAAAAAAAGGCGGACAUGUGAUGUGUGCAAGCAGAACAUUAACAACCCAGGAGCUUUCUGCAAGGAAUGCAAGAUCGCAGUCCACAAGACGUGUGACGCAAAGGUGCCCACCACCUGCACCCCAGUGCCAGAUCUGCACAGCUCCACAAAGUCAACAUCUCAGAAGAAGAGCAGCUCCUUACCAAGAAGGAAAAGUGUUGAACAAGUGAUGGAACAUGUGAUGGAGGGGCACUACGACUUUGACCUCACCUACAUCACAGAGAGGAUCAUCUCUGUCUUCUUUGUCCCAGACCUGGAGGAGCAUCGGUAUCGCAGAAACCUGCAGGAGGUGGCCUCCAUGCUCAAAUCUAAGCACCAGGACAAUUUUCUGCUUCUGAAUUUAUCAGAAAAGAGACAUGACAUCACCAGACUUAACCCGAAGGUGCAGGAUUAUGGCUGGCCUGAUCUCCAUGCACCUCCCCUGGACAGGAUUUGUGCCAUCUGUAAGGCCAUGGAGAUGUGGCUGACCUCUGACCCUCACAACGUAGUGGUUCUCCACUGCAAAGGGAACAAAGGAAAGACUGGGGUCAUAGUGGCAGCCUACAUGCACUACAGCAAGAUAUCAGCUGGAGCAGACCAGGCUCUCACCACGUUGGCCAUGAGGAAGUUUUGUGAAGACAAAGUCUCCUCCUCCUUGCAGCCCUCUCAGAGCAGGUACAUCUACUAUUUCAGCGGUUUGCUGUCCGGUAACAUCAAAAUGAACAGCAGUCCUCUGUUCCUUCAUCAGAUUCUUGUUCCCUCAUUACCACACUUCCAGUCAGGAGGAGGUUUUUAUCCUUUUCUGAAAAUCUACCAGUCCUUACAGCUGGUUUACACCUCGGCUGUCUAUGAUCCUCAGAGCUCUAGGGCAAGAAAGCUGUGUGUGACUAUGGAGCCAGCUCAGCUCUUAAAGGGUGACAUUAUGGUGAAGUGCUACCAUAGGCGGAGCAGAGCAGCAGAGAGAGAGGUUGUGUUUAGAGUCCAGUUCCACACCUGCACAGUUCAUGGAGCCCAGCUGUGGUUUGGAAAAGCUGAGGUAGACCUGGCCUGCACAGAUGACAGAUUCCCACCAGAUGCUACAGUGGAGUUCAUCUUCGCUAACAGUCCAGAAAAACUCAAAGGUCGAGAAUACCGCAAAAAUGACUCUUCUGUUAAAGUAGACUACAAAACCUCAGAUCCUGUGGUCAAAUGGGAUUCCUACGAAAACUUAAAUCUUCAUCAUGAAGAUAGCAUGGAAAAUAUCGCUCACACGAGAGGCCCUCUAGAUGGCAGCUUGUAUGCCCAAGUGAGGAAGCGACGUGGACCAAGUGCAACUUCCUCAGCUGCUUCACCCAAUGGAUGCCUUACUAGUAGCCCAACUGUGAAACCCCAGUCUGCCUCCAGAUCGCAACCGUUCACCUUCAACAUAAGCCCCAGAAACUCUGCAGUCUCUUCAGAUCAGCUGAGUGAAGCGUCUUCAUCGAUUAACUUUUCUGAAAGAGAAAACCCUGACUGCCCACUGAGGAGAGGAGAUGUGGACGAUAGGGCAAAGGAGAAGAGGAAAGAGAAAGAGAGGGAUAGAGAAACAGCGAUUUUGGAUGACGGAGAUCCUUCAAGUCCAGUGGUUAUGAGACAAGAGCACUCCUGUUGUGGUCAAGCAGUUAAAAAAUGUACUGAUGCAGGAUGGGAGAGAGACUUAGAUCUCUGUCUUUCCAGUGGUCGAUGUCUUGGACAUUGUAAUAGCAUUAAAAAGCAUGCAAAAAGCCAAACACUGCCAGCUUUACCAUUCAAAUCUAUGUCUUCUCCUUCCCAUUCAACUGUUAUGGAGCUCUGCCAUCGCCAUAGUGCCCAUCCUGUAGCUGAGAUAACAUGGGACCAUCCAAUCCAUCCUCCAUCCCUACCCUGCCUCAACAGGCCAUGUUACCCCUACACAACCCCAGAACAUGCUCUUGCUCACAGUCACACAUUGCCAGCCUCAAACAGGUGCUAUCCUGGAGAAGAAUGUCACCUCUUACAGUAUCCCGGCCAUGGAUCAGGCUCCCACCCUUCCCUCCAACCACAUCCUGGAAGCCCUUACAGAGAGGUUUUCAUCAGUUCCCCCACAUCUGCCUCUUAUUGCCCAUGUCAGGACUGCUCCAGCAGGCGAGAGCACCAAUCAACCUCAGUUAAAGUGUUCCGACAACUGCAUCCAGACCAAACUGAAAGCCCACACUGGUUACAAGGAGCUAGGGUACAACAGUCAAGAGAGGCACCCCAACUUUGGGAAACAGAAAAGCCAUGGGAGCUGACAAGAGAGGCAGACCUCUGGCAGUGCAAGACAUCAAUGCUAGCAUUUAAUGUCUGUCACUCUCCUAUGGACCACAGUUCAAACCCAGAGCAGCCUAGAUUUGCUAUUGCACAGCAUCAAAACUACCCUAUUCCUCAGUCUCUGAUGGAUGCAAGGGAUGGAGUUAGCAGUGGGUACAAAACCCCUCUACAGCCACAACACUCCUUCCCCUGUUCUCCCUAUCAGUCUUCUCCAUCUGAAAACCGUGAAAGCCGGGGUUAUGCCUCAGGAUAUCACUCUGGAUCAGCAUCACCUUUGCCAGCAAGUAGCCCAUCUCCUGCAAGGGGAAGGCUGCCGGAUAUUCCUUUAGGAUCCGGUGAGCAGUCACACGAUGAGCAGCAAAAAGUGGAAAAGAAAAAGACUGAUACAGAAGAUGACGUAUCUCAAGGCUCAGAGAGUAAAUCUGAUGUCCACUGUCAGUCAAGCACCACUGGAGUGGACUCUGAUCACGACUACACAGUUAUUGGCAGCAGCAGCCCAACUCACACAGAAGACAGUACAAAUACUGAGAGCCCCAUUCAGAGCCAAGAAACUGUGACCCAUUUGGAGUCCAACACAAAUACAGGCAAACCUGUUACACCACUGCCAUUAGAGGGACAGAGUUUAACAAUAUCGGCAAACCCAAUAAAAACAUCAAGUGAGUCUUUUCUGAAAGGUGCUAAUGAGCCUGGAGCUACUGAGGUCAAAGGAAGUUCAGAUGGAAAGACCAAAUCAAACAUUUCAAAAUAUACCACUGUCAUCAUCCCUCCGGUUCAAUUUCAACUCAAUGGGACUGCUCUUCCUAUCAAUGUUCCAUCUGACUGCAAUAAAGGUGUUAACAUGAAUCCCUCUGUUAGUCUAAGUUCUAGUCCUUCAACCCCCUCCCCUCAUCCUCCUAUUGGCUCUCCAGAUAAGCACUCUUCUCCUAAGCACUCCAUCACUGCUAAAGACACAGCAGGACAAAGACUUACCCCAGACAGAGAUAUCUCAACCGACACGAAACCCCCUUCACCUGUCCCAGAUGGAUACCAUACACCUACCUUUCCCCUAGCCUCCUACUACUACUCAUUACUAAAUGUCCCUCAUGUGCCAUACACUGGGUACACUGCAGUAACAAUCCCCACCAUCCAGCCGCCACUCCCAGAGAAAAAACGAUUUUCCUCCACAUCCCCGAAUGGCAAUAAUGCUUUACACCAGGCUUCCUUGUGUCCUUCACUAAUGCACCAUGUUACUUUCUCCCCUGCUGUGGGAGAGCAAAGGAGGGAGUCUGCACAACACAGCUACACAGAAGAGGCAGAGGCAAGGGUCAAUUCUAAGUUUGUUCAGGAUAGCUCCAAAUACUGGUACAAACCAGGAAUCUCCAGAGACCAAGCCAUAGCUGUGUUGAAGGACAAGGAGCCAGGGGUGUUCCUCAUUAGAGACAGUAACUCAUUCCAGGGUGCUUAUGGCCUGGCUCUUAAGGUGGCCACUCCUCCUCCCAAUGCCAACCUCACUGGAAACAAAGGGGACCCUGUGGAACAGCUGGUAAGACACUUCCUCAUCGAGACAGGACCACGUGGAGUGAAGAUCAAAGGCUGUCAGAAUGAGUCCUACUUCGGAAGCUUAUCUGCUCUAGUGUACCAACAUUCAAUGACUCCCAUCUCUUUGCCAUGUGCCCUCCGCAUUCCAGACAAAGAUUUGAUUGGUGAGCUUCAAGAAAUGCAAAGUGCAACAAAUACCAGUACAGCUGCUGUCCUGCUUAAUCAAGGAGCAGCGUGCAACGUGCUCUAUCUGAAUUCAGUGGAAACAGAGUCGUUAACAGGGCCACAGGCUGUUUCCAAGGCUAUCAAGUGUACAAUGGCUCUGAAUCCACGCCCGGCCCCAACAGUGGUCCACUUCAAAGUGUCCUCACAAGGGAUCACACUAACUGACAGUAAAAGAAGGCUGUUCUUUAGGCGGCAUUACCCAAUCAACAGUGUCACUUUCAGUAGUCUGGACCCACAAGAUCAGAGGAUGUUCGGCUUUGUGGCAAGACGGACGGGGACGACGACAGAGAACGUGUGUCACCUGUUUGCCGAGAUGGACCCUGAGCAGCCGGCUGUGGCAAUAGUCAACUUUAUCAACAAAGUCAUGUUGGGACCACAGCUACGAAGAUGAGGAGCCAUUGGAAACUGUGCACUAUUAAUCUUCACAAGAUGCUUUCAACACAUUUUUUAAUACAUUUUUUCAUUCAAAUGUUAUAUUUUUGUGUGUCUUUAUGCAAAUAGCACCUUUUGCUAUGCAGCGUGACUGUUUUUAUAUCACAAUGCUAUUUUAACAAUUUUUGCAUAACAUCUUGUUUUAAAAAUCAAUUUACAAAGCAGGAAGUCAUGUUUAAAACACUGACCUUACAUUGCCAAAUUAGAUUGUAACAUGACCUUCUCUGGUUUCCUUUUUAUUAUUGUUGUUUUUUAGUGUGUGUGUGUGAUUGUUUUGCACUGCAUAUGAUGUACAACUAAGUUCAAAAGCUGCAUGAGAGAAAACCCAUUUACCACAUAUAUUUUACUAAACAUUGGCAUUCAAAGCUAUAAUGAGAGAAGUUAAUGAAUUUGAACAAUGUGGUAGAAAAGUGUCAAUAAAGUGUGAGUAAAGUGG